CGCCCGCCCGGAGCCAGACGCUGCUGAGCAGGGCAGGCUAAGGAGGCUCCGCUGCUGUCCGCCGCGCAUCGCCCCGCCGCCCGCGCCCCGCUCGUCUCCCCAGGCAGCCCCCAGGAGGAUGUAUUUGAUCGGCGAGGGAGUCCCCACUGGCUGGUCGAGAGGCUCCCGAGAGCAUUUGUCCCCGGCUCAGGCGUGCGUCGGCUAAGGGCCCCCGGGAGGCAGCGUCUUCUUGCUCCCGCCGCUGGUAUUACCGAAGACUUACUCCUCUCCGAUCAAACCUUUCUCACGCCACACAAGUCGAAGAGGCGGCCCCUUAGACCGACUCUCUUCCUUCCUUCUUCAAAGUUUCGCCACCACUUUGGCAGUCGUGGAAGUCCCAACCUUCUUCCCACCUCUCCCCCCACUUCCUCAAAAAGGAUCCCAUGUCCCAGAACCCAUCAUGAGCACAGGCUGUGAGCCCGGGCAGAACCCUUAUGAAGGGGGCGGCAACGGCAGCAGCUCGGGAGCCCCCCGAAGGGCCAGAGCGCAGCGCGGAGGAGAGGCCCAGGGCCAAGCCAAUGACGACAUGGAUGCCAACAGCAAUGGCUCCAGCGGCAACGAAUCGCACGGUGAUUCCCACAGCAGCUCCCGCAGCAGCGGCAACGGCAAAGAUUCCGCCCUGCUGGAGACCACUGAGAGCAACAAGAGCUCAAAUUCCCAAAGCCCGUCUCCUCCCAGCAGCUCCAUCGCCUACAGCCUUCUCAGUGCAAGCUCUGAGCAAGACAACCCCUCAACCAGUGGCUGCAGUAGUGAACAGUCAGCCCGAAUGAAGACCCAGAAGGAGCUGAUGAAGGCGCUGAAGGAGAUGAAGAUCCGGCUGCCCUCGGAGAAGCGCAGCAAGGGGAAGUCGGGGACUCUGGCCACCCUGCAGUACGCCUUGUCGUGUGUGAAGCAGGUCCAAGCCAACCAAGAUUACUAUCAGCAAUGGACUAUUGAUGACAGCCAGCCCUGCAAUCUGGACAUGUCCACGUACACCAUUGAGGAACUGGAAAACAUCACCUCGGAGUACACUCUGAAAAACCCCGAUACCUUCUCGGUGGCCGUCUCCUUCAUCACUGGGAAAAUCGCCUACAUCUCAGACCAGGCAGCUUUCAUCCUGCGCUGCAAGAGGGACGUCUUCAAGGGGGCGAAGUUUGCAGAGUUCCUGGCGCCGCAAGACGUUAGCAUCUUCUAUGGAUCCACAGCGCCGUACCACUUGCCCUCAUGGAACAUCUGCACCUCUGCCACUGCCGCCGCCACUAUGGAUUACACCCAAGAGAAAUCUGUCUUUUGUCGUAUCAGCGGAGGCCACGAAAGUGGGCGAGAGCUGCGCUACUACCCCUUCCGGCUCACGCCGUACCUGACCAAAGUGCGUAACUCGGACAACGCCGAAGGACAGCCCUGCUGCCUGCUGAUCGCCGAACGCAUCCACUCGGGCUACGAAGCACCCAGAAUCCCUCCUGAUAAGAGAAUCUUCACUACCAGACAUACUCCCAGCUGCUUAUUCCAGGAUGUGGAUGAACGGGCAGCCCCUCUGCUCGGCUACCUUCCCCAGGACCUGAUCGGAACCCCCGUCCUCUUUUACCUGCACCCAGAGGACCGGCCUCUUAUGCUGGCCAUACACAAGAAAAUCUUGCAGUACGCCGGGCAGCCCUUCGACCACUCGCCCAUCCGCUUCUGUGCCCGCAACGGUGAAUACGUCACCAUCGACACCAGUUGGUCCAGCUUCGUCAACCCGUGGAGUCGGAAAGUCUCCUUUAUCAUGGGGAGGCACAAAGUGCGGACGGGCCCCCUCAACGAAGACGUCUUCACAGCCCCCAAAGGGCAGAAGGGGAAGCCCAUCGAGCAGGACAUGCAGGAGCUGUCCGAGCAGAUCCACCGCCUCCUGCUGCAGCCAGUGCACAGCAACGGAUCGAUGGGUCUCUGCAGCACGGGCAGCAACGCCUCCCACGAGCAGUUCCUGAGCAUCGCCUCCUCCAGCGACAGCAACGGCAUCCCCAACGAAGAGGCGCAGGCAGUGCGGCCGAUGACCUUUCAGGAAAUCUGCAAAGACGUGCACAUGGUGAAGAACCAGGGCCAGCAGGUCUUCAUCGAAUCCCGAGUCAAGCCCCAGUCCAUGAAGCAUCCCCGAGCAGUCCUCGAAGCUCCAGCCGAUCGCAGUGUGCAGCCGAUGGAGACCCUGAGGGAGCUGGAGAGAAGACCAGGGAAGGUGGCCACCUCGGAGGAAUCCGUGAGGAAGGAGCCCUCCAGCUACUCUUACCAGCAGAUCAACUGUCUGGAUGGAAUCAUCAGGUACCUGGAGAGUUGCAACAUCCCGAGUCGUGUGAAACGCAAGUGCGGCUCCUCCUCGUACACCACGUCCUCCAAUUCUGAUGAUGACAAGCAGAAGGCAGGCGAGGACGGGGCCUGUCCAAGCAAAGAUGUGCCGGAGGGAAUGCUGCCGACCUCGGAGAGCCAGCCCAAGAGGAAAGAGCCGGGGACGGCAGCAGCUGCCGUGGUGGGAGGCCCUCUCACUCCACUGGCCUUGCCUAGCAAAGCUGAGAGCGUGGUCUCUGUGACGAGUCAGUGUAGCUUCAGCAGUACCAUCGUCCACGUGGGAGACAAGAAGCCCCCCGAGUCGGACAUUGUAAUGAUGGAAGAGGCAGCACCCAGCGCCACCCCUCCAGCCCCGCCUGCCAGCGUUACCCCAGACCGGGAGCAGCAGUAUCGGAAGGUGGGGCUGACCAAGGAAGUGCUCUCUGUCCACACCCAGAAAGAGGAGCAAGCCUUCCUCACGCGCUUCAAGGACCUCAGCCAGCUGCACGUCUUCAACUCUUCCUCAGGGAUUAGCUGGCAGGAACUGCGCCAGGCGGGACCCCACGCCGAGCGAGGGCAGAAAGGUCCGCGCCAGGGGGCUCGAGGUCCUGGUUGCCGUGGGCGGAGCAGGAAGUCCAAGGCCAAACGCAUCAAGCAGAACAAGUCGUCAGACGGCACCGGCUCUCCGCAGAACUCGACCGCCCCUCCGCAGGCCCCGGGGGCCCCGGCCACUCCCUCUUGGCCUCCCUCGGGCAACUCUCAAGCCAGCCUGCCCGCUAUGCCGUACCCAGCUGUCAUGCCCACCUAUCCUAUCCCUGUCUUCCCCCCUCGACCCACCGCCUCCCCGGCCACGGAGCCUUCCCAGAACACACUUCCCGCCACUCAGUUCCCCACGCCUCUCGUCACCCCCAUGGUUGCUCUCGUCCUGCCGAACUACGUGUUCCCCCAGAUGAACAGCGCUAUGCCCCAGUCUUUCUUCCCUGGCGGGCCCGUUUUCCCCUUUGGCCCUCAGCCGGGCACCAUGCCCAUGCCUGGGCCUGAGGCAGGCACCCAAGCCCCGUCGCGGUCCUCCACUCCUCACUCCAUGAGCCAGCCGGAGCGGGCCGAGUCGCCGCUCUUUGAGUCGCGCUGCAGCUCCCCGCUGCAGCUCAACCUGCUGCAGAUGGAAGAGAUGCCCAAGGCUUGCGACCGCCAGGAAGCAGCCAGCAGCAGCCAGGCGGGGCCGACAGGGACCACCAGUGACUGGGCUGGCGUCGCCAACGGGCAGGGCCUGGCGAGCGAACUCGGCACGCAGAAAGAAGCAUGCAUGGCGGAAGCGCACGACUCCUCCAACAACGACGCGCUGUCCAGCUCCAGCGACCUCCUGGACCUGCUUCUGCAGGAGGACUCGCGCUCCGGCACAGGAUCGGCAGCCUCCGGCAGCGGCUCCGCUGCCUCGGGCUCCAUGGGCUCCGGAUCCAACGGGGGCAGCACUUCAGCCAGCGGCACAACCAGCAGCAAGAGCAGCAACACCAGCAAGUACUUCGGCAGCAUCGACUCCUCGGAGAACGACCUGCGGGGCAAGAAGCGCUCCGAGGUGGAGGACAACGAGCACUUCAUGAAGUACGUCUUGCAGGACCCCAUCUGGCUGCUGAUGGCCAACACCGACGAUGAGGUCAUGAUGACCUACCAGCUCCCCGCCAGGGACCUGGAGACGGUGCUGCAGGAGGAUCGGGAGAAACUAAAGCAGAUGCAGAAGCGGCAGCCGCGGUUCACAGAGGAGGAAAAGAAGGAGCUGGCAGAGGUGCACUCCUGGGUGCAGAAGGGGAUCCUGCCCAAAGCCAUCAACAUCACGGCCUGCGUGGAGUGUGGGAGCACCCCCGCCUCCAAAGUGGCUCCUCCGUACGACGUCGAAAUCCACGACAUGGAACUGAACGGUUUGCUAGAGCCGGUACCAAUGGAGGAGGGCAAUGGGGGGCAGAGCUGCCUGCCAUCUUUGCCCCCAGACAUGGCCAUGGAGGAAGAGGAGGCCGGGCUGGAGGGAGAAGCGCGGCCAACUCAGCUAGAGGCACCAGUGGAGGACUCGGGCUAAGCAAUAGCCAGCUGCCAAAUUGGAGAAUCGUCUCUGGAAGCUGAGGGCCAUGUCUGCUUGCCCUGGGACUGAGGAGGCUGCUGAACGGUGGGCGGGGCUCAGAGACAGGGAACUCGCCACAGUUCCGCCUCCUGCAGCCAUCGCCUGGCCAGAAAGAGAGGCGGCACACGGCCCUGCGGUGGCCCAAUCAGCCACGUGGUCCGCAGGAGGGAACACAAAACGUUGCACUCGGGCCUGGCCUGGCUGCAGACUGGCCCUUCUGCUGUCAGCCGUUGCAGCUGGACUGGUCGCCCUGUUCUUGCUGCCUUACUGAGGAUUUGCUCCCGGACCGCCCGCAAAGUUGGACGAGUGGGGGGGGAGGGGGGGACCGACUGUAUUUAUUUUUGCAGACUUGUCUGUUGUGUUUUUGUUAAAAACUUUUCUCUUUUUUUACUGAUCUGCGAGCAAGCUCUUGAUGGGCCUGUUUGUGGCACUUAAAAUAAAAACCAAGAAACAAAA